UUAGAGAAAUUAUUUUUGCAAGAAAGAGUAAAGGAGAUGGAAGGAGGAAUAUUGAAGUUUUUGUUCUUCACUAUACUAGUUUUUGUUGCAAUAGGACAUAGUAAUGGUCAAUUAAGAAAAGGUUUUUAUAAGUCGAGUUGUCCACAAGCUGAACAAAUUGUUCAAAACAUCACUUGGAAACGUGUUGCUAGUAAUUCUACCUUGCCUGCUAAAUUGUUGAGGAUGCAUUUUCACGAUUGCUUUGUCAGGGGUUGUGAUGGUUCAGUAUUGAUAGACUCCACAGCAAACAACAGUGCGGAGAAGGCUGCAAUACCAAAUUUAAGCCUAGGAGGUUUUGAUGUGAUUGAUGAAAUAAAAACUGCACUAGAAAACACUUGUCAAGGAGUCGUAUCGUGUGCUGACAUAUUGACAUUAGCGGCUAGAGACUCUGUUUCGUUCCAAUUUAAGAAACCAAUGUGGGAAGUGGUAACUGGAAGAAGAGAUGGAAGAAUUUCAAAGUCUUCAGAAGCACUCUCUGAAAUCCCAUCACCAUUUUUCAAUUUCACUUCCCUCAAACAGUCCUUUGCCAACAAAAGCCUCACUGUUCAUGAUCUUGUGGUUUUAUCAGGGGGACAUACAAUUGGAGUUGGACACUGUAAUCUCUUUAGCAACAGGCUAUACAAUUUCACAGGAAAAGGAGAUUCAGAUCCUUCCUUAGAUUCAACAUAUGUAACUUUCUUGAAAACAAAAUGUCAAAGCCUUUUAGACAACACAACAACUGUUGAAAUGGAUCCUGGGAGUUCUUUAACCUUUGACAAUAAUUAUUUUUCUGCCUUAAAACAACAAAAGGGCCUUUUUCAAUCAGAUGCUGCACUUUUGACUAAUAAAGGAGCUAAAAAUAUUGUUGAUGAGAUGCUUAUUGAUGGAAAAUUCUUCACUGAAUUUAGCCAAUCAAUGAAGAGAAUGGGAGCUAUUGGAGUAUUGACUGGAUCUAAUGGAGAAAUUAGAAAAAAAUGCAACGUGGUUAAUUAAAUAAUUCUUUAAAGCAAGUCUUGUGUAUGUGUGUGAAUUUGGUUGAGCUUUGUUUGUUUCUUUUUAUUAGUUGCACAAGGAGUAUAAAAAUGGAGAGAUAGUUGUUGUGGUUCGAGUCCUGGAUAUGUUGAAAAUUAUGUUGGAAGCAUCACCUCAAAUGAGCUAUGCAGUGUGCGAUUUGAAUUUAGUCGGGAUUUAAUGUAAAAUCCUGACGGCACGUGAAAAAAAAAUUGAUUUUUGCGUAUUGAUGAGUGAUGUAAUGUUUAUGAUUGAUUAAAUAAGUAAUUUGUUUAA